UUCAGCCCUAUAGCAAACUAUCGAAUAUAUCAAGAUGACUGAAGUUCAUCAUCUGAUUCACCUCCUCUAAAUCAAGACCUUAAUCCUUCACUCCUUCCUUUCCUUUCUUCUCCUUCCAUCUCUACCCCAAUCAUAGCAAAAUAUUCCCAAAAUCUGAAACACUCACCAACCUACCUCAUCCAUAGUAUUAUCGUCAGUCCUCCGUACGCGCUUACAAAGUUAUUUGUGUAUAUACAUACCUAUACCUAGGUCGUCAUUCAAUUCCACCUUUCCUAGCAAUCUAUUUUGAGAUUAGAUGUGGUUAAAAUGAGAAAAGAUGAUUGGUUUUGUGUAGGACAAUGAAUGUGCAAUCCACGUUUUUAUUCGGGGCGUCUAGGUUCAAAAGCGCUCUUGGCAAUCCAGCCCCAGCUUUUUGGCUAAGACUUGAGACUUGAGACUUACAUUCAUCUGGAUUCUAAAGAAUGGACGGGAAGGUAACCAUAUAACGUGGAAGGUGAUGGAUUAUCUACAGGGUUUCUUAUCUUGGAUUCUCGAUAGGUAGUGAUGGAUGUAAGGUCUACUAUGAAUAGGUAUUAUCUUUGGUAUCUAUCUUCUCUAUCUUUCCUGUCAAGGUUUGAUCAAAUCGGUUUGUAUCUUCAUGUGUUGUGUAUCUUACAUUUUAUGUCUACAGACUUCAGCAAAACUCCAGAAAAACACAGCCCGUCUAUCUCUACACAAACUAAGAGCUUAUCAUCAGGCAUAAAAAGACUGCGCCGCAGGAAAGCCUACCAAGCAUACUUCCCAAUAGUUGAACCUUUCACAUUCAUACAAUUAGAUUUGGUUCGGAGAUCAAUCAUCUGAAGCUCUAGGCUUCCAUCAAAAGUCAACCGCAAGUGUCAUUAGGCCGGCGUUACCAUAUCAUCAGGUAAAUUACAUAUCCCACCCUUUACAUAUAAAGGGAAAUGUUGGUUCUAACAAUUUCCUCGCAGUUUUUUUCUUGAGCGUUCAAUAUUCGAUAUAUAUACACAUACCGAAAUUUGGAAGAAUUAAGGGAUUGGGUUAUGGCAGAACAUUCUACUUCAUCAUCCUGGAAGACAAACUCAACACAUCAUAUAACCUCAAUUGAAGACCAAAGAACUCCGAAGACGCAUAUCAAAAGUCGGCGUCACACAAGAAAUCAUUCAUCCUUAGCAUCAACAACGUCACCUACUUCAGAAGCUUCUUUACUCUCUAAUGAAAGUGAUGUGAUUGAUAUCAGUCAUGUGCUAUUGUCCGCACAUAAUUUAACAUCAUUGAGUCCUAUGGAUGCUUCAACAAAAUAUAAUCGAACGUCUUCAUUUCUACCAGAAACUUCACAAACAAGACCAGCUUCUCCAACUCGAAAAUCAUUCAAACUUUUUUCCAAGCACCCUAGUUCAUAUAAUCCAGCAAUCACAAAAUCAAAUGUCAAUUCGAGCAAAGAUACAACGAAAAGCGAUAUUACAGCAAAGAGGUUUUCUCAAAGGAAAUCAUUACUCAAAAAGUCUCAAGAUGUAUCAAUCCCGGAGGAAGAAUUUGAUCUCAAUCUAUUAAGUGCCGCCAUACCCAUGGCCUAUCAAAAGAAAUUCUACGACAAAACCGCCAGCGAAGAAACCGAAAAUGAAGAUGCACCUAUGGUAUCCCCAAUGGCCAUUCCCUUUGAUCUCUCCCUGUUUCACGAACCCAUGAAUAAUUCAACCUUAACUCCAGCAAUGCGCGAACAAAUAAAUCGUCAAGAAGCUGCUGGGAUACUUACUGGGGGAUUAGGUGCUGGUUUUACUCCAGAUACUACGAUAACCAGUACGGAUCUCAUGGCCGAAUCAUCACAAUCUUCAACCACAGCCUCACGUCUCUCCAGACGUCUUACACUUCGGAAUGCUGGAUUAAGUAGAGCAUCUGCACUUAAAGAUCUGGCACAAAAUGAAGCAAAUAGACGAGGUGAAGUAAUCGAAGUAAUAGUUCAAGGACCCGUUUCCGCACCCAUGGAUAUAAGUUCAUUCGCAGGCCAUACCAUAGGAACGCCUCAUCCAAAUUUCGAUUUCAAAAGUAUGGAUUCCUUACCCCUAAGUAUCAACAAAAAGGGCACCUUCAAAUCUUCCAAUAUUGAAGUAUUCUACCCCCAAGCAAAUUGGAAACCCUUUUCUAUGCGAGCACCCUAUCUCACAGCUCUCAUAAUAAUCUCCAUCAUCCUCGGAGCCGCCGAAGAAUACUUGUAUCAAAAAUCACUCAAGAAACCUUUAUAUUCAUUCACAUCUCCCUCCUUGAUGAAAACAUGGGAUUAUUUUUGUUUUAAAUAUUUACCUACUCUCGUCGCUGUUACCUUUGGUGUAUUAUGGCAAAUCACCGAUUUUGAAGUUAAGCGCUUGGAAGCCUAUUAUCAACUUUCGAAAGAAGGGGGAGCGUUGGCCGCGGAAUCGAUAAAUGUGGAUUAUAUUACUUUUUUCAACGUAUUGCGUCCUUUUCGAGCACUGCUUUUUAAACAUUAUGCAGUAGCUGUUUCGUCGAUAGCAACUUUAAUGGCCGUCUCAUUAGUACCAACAUUACAAUCCGCAAGCGUGGUCCUAAUACCUAGUCGUGCGGAACGAAAAGCCGAUCCAGGCGUGAUGAAAGGAAUAGUAAUUUCAGGACCUUGGUCCCGAUUAUUAAGUUUGACACUUUGGCUCUGUGCCAUAUUCGGAUGUAUACUACUCUGGCAACUGGAGCGUAGACCCUCAGGUCUAGUCGCCGAUGUAAAAGGAGUAGCAGGUAUUGCCGCCAUGGCAAAUCGCAGUCACAUCCUUAUGGAUUUCAAAGAUAUGGAUACGGCGACUCCGGAUAUGAUUCAUCAAAAACUGAAAGCACAUCGGUAUACGCUUCGAAACUCGUCGCUGGCACCGGAAGAUAGUAUAAUACUUACUCAAGCCGAUAAAGAUAAAUACGAUUCCCAUCAACACCACGAUGAAAACCCACAUCCAUUAUUUCUUCGUCUCAUCGCCGGAAUCCCCUUCGUAAUCGGCAUGUUCCUCUUCACAAUUCUCAUCCCUAUUAUUCUCUUCACCCCCGCAAACAUCAUCACAGAUAAAGCACCUUGGCUUCUAACCCUCGGAGCCGUAUCCAUCAAACUCUGCUGGGGUAGUCUCGAAACCGCCAUCCGCAUGAUCGAACCUUUCUACAUCCUCUCUCUCCGCCACGCUUCUCCCACCGCUUUAACCCUCGACUACACAGCCAUGGCAUUCGGCUGGCUCCCAAUCCGCGCCUUCUUCAACGGUCACUACCUCGUCGCAACCGUAGGCUUAGGAUCUGUCCUCGCGGAAAUCCUAACCGUCUGUAUCACAUCCUUCAGUACCGUCACCGGAACCGAUUUCACAUCCGCUCUAUCCCGCACCGGAACCUCCAAACCGCACCACUCAAACUCAACCCUCACCUCCGGAGAAGAAACCUACGUAUCCUUCUGGGCAUCAUUUUUCCUCGCCCUCUUCAUCCUCCUCUCUCUAAUCCUCAUCUCAAUCAUCUCAUACACACGACGCCGCCAUGCAUUUCUUCCUCGUCAACCAUCUAGUAUUGCUAGUAUUCUCGCAUUUAUCUAUCAAUCGAAGAUGUUAUAUGAUUUUGUCGGGACGGAGAAAUUGAAUAAUAGGGAAAUGGAGGAGAGACUUGUGGGGAUUGGGAAGAGUUAUGGUCUGGGUUGGUUUAAGGGGAGGGAUGGGGAAAUGCAUUGUGGGGUUGAUGAGGAGGAGUUGAGUGGGGGGUAUUUGCAUGGGAGGGAUAAGAAGGCCGAGGGGUUGCCGUGGUCUUCGAAUUGGCAGGAUUAUUGAUGAGGGGGGAUGAGUGGAGUGAGGUGUGGUGGAUGAGUUGGGGUUGGAUAGGAUGGGAUGGGAUGAGAUGAUAGGAUGAUUAUAAGGUAUUAUAAAUAUAAUAAUGAAAAAUAUAGACAUAUACUCAGAUAUAUAUUUUUACAAUAAUAAUAAUCAUAAAUAAAUAAAUAAAUAUAUAAAUCUAUAAAAAUCAAUAUAAAUCCUAAACAAACAAUCAAACAAUCAAACAAUUAAACAAAUGAAAUAAUUAAAUACACCGAUUCUCAAUAUAAUACAAUAUAUAUACUCGAGUAUAUACAAUUAUACACAAUGAAAUAACAAUUAAACCUUUAUAUCUAUCUAUCUAUCUA